AUGUCUCAGAGUAAGAGGCUGAGCCAAUCUGACUGGGGUUGUGUCCUGCAGCAAACCUGCCCAUAUUAUUGCCCAAGGAGGCUACUGAAUACCAAAAGGCCUUUAGCUCCCUCAGAACCCAGUCCUUUCCAUUAUUAUGUGGUUGAAUCACUCUCUUCUGUCUUGCUGUCUGACUCCCAAUGUAUAAAAUUACUAUACAUUGAAAUGUAUGCAAACUCUAAAAAUGAGUAUGGGGAAAUUGAAUGUAAAUUACAUGCAAAUAUUAUUCAGUCAAGGUUCUAUAAAAUUGUAUAUGUCAGUAACAGUAAAGGAUUUUAA